AUGGUUCAAUUAUUCUAUUAUGAGACAUUGGGUCGACGUUGUGAUAAACUCAUCCGAAUAAACGGUCGGAAGAUGUCAUUGGAGCUGUAUGCCUUUGAGGGCCUCCCCUCAACCAAUAUCACCAAUCGAUGGGAACUUCAAUUUCCUUGGUUUACUUGUCGCUAUUGCUCGGUGAUAAAGAUAUGUGGCUCGAAUAAACGAUACCAGACGAAGGCGAAGGCGAUGUGUACCAAACACGACGGAGCUCUUUUUGUCACGGGCAAAUUCAAAGACGACGCUGAAGGUUUGGCCGGUAAACCGCAUUUUUGCAUCUUCCUUACCAGCAACGUGACCCAAGCAGACUUCCAUGCGGGCUACAUUCUUACCGGUACCCUACAGCGCGGUGAUAGACGAAAAAACGACUGGGAGACAACCCACUUUGCCAUGGUUCGACGUAGAGGCUACUAG